AUGGCCGAACAGAAAGCAUACCAGCCGAAGGAUACUAUCCAAGCUUCGGCCAAAGCGACCUUAUAUACAGGAUCGGCCGGCCUGCUCUUCGCUGCCGUGCAGAACACAUUGACAAGGCAGAACAUUGGAGCUUUGGGGGUUUUCACUAGGUUUGGCGGGUCAAUUGGCUUAUUUGGUUUGCCCUCCACCCAUUGGCAAUAUGGACAAGAGCUUAGACUACGUUUAGCUGCGGUCGGAGGGACAUAUGCAUUUAUUAGCACUGCGUCGGCCAAUUUGAGAGAGAAGAACGAUCCGUACAAUCAAGCACUUGGGGGCUUUUGCGCUGGAGCUUUGCUCGGUGUUCCGAAACGACAAAUGUCAUCAGUGAUCGGGCGCGGAGUGCUCGUGGCUAUUACCCUGGCCGCUGCUUCGUAUACUGGCAAUUCCAUGCUGAGCGAGACGGUUGAUACAGAAACAGAUCGGUUUCUUAGUAAGUCAGAGUUACGGAACAGAUUCAGGAGACCAGUAAAUGAGUUGAUCAAUGAGAUUGGUGAGGGUCGAGGAAUAUACGGGCCUGGCUAUGAAGAGCGAAGAAGGCAGAGAAUCAAGGAGAAUUACGGCAUCGAUGUCCCUGAACCAUACUACAAGAAACCAUAG